GAGCAUCUGCUUGAGAUUAAGGAAUCCAAUAUGGGAUUUGUUAAUAAAUUGUUCAGAUUUAAUGUUAAAGAAUCAGUUUUAGUUUUAUCCUUCAACAUUUUAAAACAGAAAUAUGAUUGUGUUAAUGUAUUUAUAUUUUUUUAUAAUUUUGUUAACCAGCAGUUUUAGUGCUGCUACUAAUAAUAAAGUUAAUGAGAUAAAUGCGAACUGUGAAGAUGGACCAUUAGAUAUAAAAAUAAUGAAACAAUUGGACAUUCGAAUAGGUGGGAAAAAAUGGGAUCACAAUUUGAACGAAUUAAUUCAAUCAAAUAUUCGCGAAGCUAUUACAUCAAAUCCAAAAAAUACACCAAAUAUUCUCGAACCCACCCCUGAAAUUGAUGUUCGAAAUGGAACCCCCGAAGAACCUAACGUUGUAAUAGAUUGGACUUCUGAGACAGAUUCAAAACGUAUUAUCAACCAGUUGGACAGUAUUACAAGUAAAUUACAAAACGUGCAGAACGUUUGUCAAAAGUCUGAAUGUGGGUCAGCAGGCAGUGUGGAAAACCUUAACGUCUAUAACAGUGAUAUUUGUAACAGAGAAGUGGGAAUAAGUAAACCACAAUUUUGUGAGGUAUUGGAAGAAAAUACAGGCGUCAAGAAAAAUUUAGCGAAGAACUGUAGAGAAGUUCAAGAAAGAGGACAUAAUAAGUCGGGAAUUUACGAAAUUCAACCUAAAAGUAGCGUCAAACCCAUUUUUGUCCUGUGCGAUAUGGUAACCAAAGGUGGAGGAUGGACUGUAAUUCAAAAAAGGUUCGAUGGAUCAGAAGACUUUUUCCGUGAGUGGCGAGAUUAUAAAUUUGGCUUUGGAAAUCUUCAUCGAGAAUUCUGGAUUGGACUCGAAAACAUUUAUCAACUUACAGGAUUCCAAGUAAGCGAAUUGUUAGUAGAAAUAACAGACAGAGACAAAAUUAAAGCCUACGCUAACUAUAACAGAUUUGGAAUAGGUCCGGAAACAGACGGAUAUCCUUUAAAUAUCCUUGCAGGAUUUUCUGGAGACGCUGGAGACUCUUUAACGCCACACUUAUCUUCUAAGUUUUCUACAAAGGAUAUAGAUCAGGACAAACAUGCAGUCCAUUGCGCUCAGGUAUAUCUUGGUGGAUGGUGGUACGCAGGCUGUCACGUAAGCAACCUUAAUGGAAAAUUCAUCAACAUGGCUCUUCCUGAAGCAUAUAAGUUUAAGGGUCUCCAUUGGUUGGGAUUCAGAGGACACGAGUACUGUCAUGCUGGAUCGAGAAUGUUAGUCAGACCAGUUCAGUCCUAAAUUACCGUAGAAUAUUUGAUCAGCUAAUCAAAAGCUUGUUUCAUGUUAUGUUCACUUUUGUAUAUUAUUGUGUAUUAUGGUAAAUAAAGAAAACUCUAAAAGAUUUAUCUUAUUUUUGAAAUGAAACAUACGGAGUGGCCCAAAAGUCUGGAAACGGCAAAUUAUCUCGUAAAUUGCUAAUCCUAAUUGU